GGGAGGUCUGUUGUUACAAACACAGUUCACACAUGUCCACUGAAGGUCUGCUUCCUCUUCAGCAACUCAUUUUAAAGCGAGAGAUUUAUGUGUCUUUUCUCGGUGGCAGAAGUGAAAAAUGUUCUCUCAUAUGCUGAAAUCCAGUAGUAAGAAUCCAUAUGUAGCUGUGCAGGUGGACCCAGACAGUGAUUACAUCACACCUGGAACAUUAGACCUGGAGCAGCUGUUCUGGGGUGGUACAAUAGCUCAGUAUGCACACGUCAAUCAAGUCUGGCCUAGUGUCUACAUUGGUGAUGAGAAGACAGCUCUGGAGCGGACUGGCCUGAUGGAUCUGGGUAUCACACAUGUGCUGAAUGCAGCAGAGGGAAAAUGGAAUAAUGUGCGCACUGGUGCGGACUACUACAGAGACAUGGGCAUCCAGUAUUACGGUGUAGAAGCUGAUGAUAAACCCACCUUCAACAUCUCUCAGUACUUCUUUCCUGCAGCAGAAUUCAUCCAUGAGGCCCUUAGCCACCAGCAAAAUAAGGUGCUGGUGCACUGUGUGAUGGGGCGCAGCAGGUCAGCGACUUUGGUCUUGGCAUACCUGAUGAUGAAACACAGUUUAACUGUAGUUGAUGCUAUUGAGCAUGUGCGACAGCACCGUUGUAUCCUGCCCAAUCAUGGCUUCCUAAAACAACUCAGAGCACUGGACAUUGCAUUGCAAGAAGAGAAGCUGAGAUCAAAAGGAAAGCCACAAGAACAAUAACACAUGACUGCUAGAAGAUAUACCUCUGAAAUUUCAUUUUUAAGUUGAUUUAAAACAUAUCCCCCCUUUGCCUUGUUAUGUUUUUCCUUUUCUUACAUAGCUCUUUGGUGCAUUUUAUAAUUAUAAGCCCGAAGUCCAAAACAAAGGAAGUUAUUAACUACUACAGACAAACUACUUUUAUCACCUCUAUGGAUCAUAAUACACUGGCAUUAUGCAGUAAUGCAUUUCAUUAAAUAACACACUUGAAGACAUUGUGAUCCAGAGUUUUAGAUUGGAAGAGGUUGAGUUAUUAUUUUGGCAACUAUAGGAUGCAGAUAAUGUAAAUUUCAGAUACUAAAAAACUACUAUCAAGAGCAGGCAUAACGGAUCACACAAGACUUCUUGGUACACCAAAUCAAAAAGCAGUGUACAUUGACUUAGCUUUGCAGGAUGUACAGGUGUCAAAACACGUGUAAAAUUCAGACUGUCAAUUUCUAGGAUUGAAGUAGUUCUGAAGAUUUACUGGUCAGCACUCACUAGAUUACUAUGAGUCCCGCGUGCUUGAUAAGUAUGCUACCUCUUCCUUUAGAUUUAUACUUUUACAGUUACCCAAUACUAUGGAAGAAAUCCUCCAAUUCAACACUGGCAGUUGUUUGGGUUUCUGAAAGGUCUUUAAUUUGUUUGAGCCCUUCAUUAGCCCUACCAGUUCUCAGUUUUAUUCAGGUAUUCAUCCUUACACAGACCACAAUAUAACAUAAACUGAUGUGAAUACACAUUUUUCUUUCCUCGUAUUUCUUCUUUGUCUGCCAUUUGUAACAGAUUACAAUGCAGCAAAAAUAUUUGUGUCCAGUUUAGCAAAACUGUAUCUAAUUAUUGUGUAUUUGUUUUGACACAUUUGUCAGUUCUGUUGUGAGUUACAUAUUCCACAAUCUUACAAAAGACAUACUUUUAUUCCAGUACCCCUUUCAAAGGCAUAAAUGUCACAAGAAGAAGAAAAAAAAUGCACCAUAGAUUUUUGUUUUUAUUGGUGAACAAGUGUGUGUAUGUAUAACCAUGAAUACACUUAAACAUUUUGUGUUAUUUUACAUUUUACAGCCACAUUAUCCAACAUUAAGGUUGGGGUUGCAAGCAGCAGCAAAAUUAUCUUUUUUAUGUCUAAGUGAGUUACCAUAGCCAUAUAUUAGACUAAAAAAAUGAAUGAAUGAUCCCUGCUAAGGUAUUUAUUAGUUUCUGAGUUUAGAAAAAACAGUCAAAUUCUCCCAACACUAAUAAGAAUUUUCCUUUCAUCUCAAAAAUGUAAGCUAUAAUAUAUCUAAUUUAAGUUUUGGUCCAAGAGGCUGUUCUGUAGAGCACACGGAGUUGAACUUUCAAGUCAGAUGGAUAUAUUUACAACAUCACUAUGUCUCAUAUAUGGAGUUCACAUUUCUAGAGAAGCAUUUAUAUAU